AUGGAUGAAGAUAUUUGUAAUGUUGCAAAGGACAAGCGUUCAACAUUCAUAAUUAUCCCCUUUCACAAGCAACAAACCAUUGAUGGUCAAACGGAGGAUAUUAAUCCUGCCAUCCGGAGUGCUAAUGAAGGCAUACUAGAAAAUACACCUUGUUCUGUGGAAAAUUCAGAUAUCAGCCUUACAGAGGCAAGGUUUACCUCGAAUAGUGAUGCAGAGGAACUGGAUCCUGUAAAACUCGUUGCAAAAGCCAACAUGACUCUGCAAAUUGACAAUGAGAGAGAGCUCGCUAGACGAGGAUUACCUCAAAAAGUUAUAGACUGCAACCGCCAAUGA